AUGUCUGCAGCAAAGGUCAAGGCGCAAAAGAUCAUCGAGGAGAACCCCGUCGCGGUCUUCAGCAAGUCUUACUGCCCAUAUUGCAAAGCCACCAAGGCCACUUUGGACCAGCUAGGCGCAAAGUACUUUGCCAUCGAGCUUGACCAAAUUGAUGAUGGAUCUGCAAUCCAGAAUGCGUUGAAGGAGCUCAAUGGACAGUCCUCGGUUCCCAAUAUCUAUAUCAAACAGCAACACAUCGGCGGAAACUCGGAUCUGCAAGCCAAAAAGGGCGAGCUACCUGAGCUCCUGAAGGCUGCCGGUGCGGUUUAG